UUCACUACAGGCGGCUGGAGCCGGGCCGCCGCGCCACACGGGAGGGAGAAGCCUGGCCCGGCGCGACCCCGCCCGAAGCAGCUCCCGCUUGGAGAGAAGACGCCGCCGCUGCUGCCGCCGCUGUUGCUGAUCUCUCCAUCGCCACCUUGGAGCAUGCUGCUCUCCAAGAUCAACUCGCUGGCGCAUUUGUGCUCCGCGCCUGGAGGGGACUUGCACCCGCUGAAGCCUCUCCCAGGGAAGGAGAAGGAGCCCCUGGAGAAGCUCUACCAGGUGGGUCCGCUGCUGGGAAGCGGCGGCUUCGGGUCGGUCUACUCCGGCACCAGGCUGGCCGACGGCGCUCCGGUGGCCAUUAAGCAUGUGUCCCGAGACCGGGUUUCUGAAUGGGGGGAACUGCCCGGUGGGACAAGGGUGCCCAUGGAGAUCCUGCUGCUGAAAAAGGUGGGCUCCGGCUUCCGCGGCGUGAUCCGGCUCCUGGAUUGGUUUGAGAGGCCGGACAGCUUUGUGUUGGUGCUGGAGCGGCCAGAGCCCGUGCAGGACCUCUUUGACUUCAUCACAGAGCGAGGAGCUCUUCCUGAGGACUUGGCCCGCAGCUUUUUCCGGCAGGUCUUGGAAGCCGUCCGGCAUUGCCACAGCUGUGGGGUCCUGCAUCGGGAUAUCAAAGACGAGAAUAUCCUCAUUGACCUCAGUACCGGGGAACUCAAACUUAUAGACUUUGGAUCUGGGGCACUGCUCAAGGACACAGUGUACACCGAUUUUGAUGGAACACGUGUCUAUAGUCCUCCAGAAUGGAUCCGGUUUCACAGAUACCAUGGCAGGUCUGCUGCUGUCUGGUCACUUGGGGUACUGCUUUACGACAUGGUCUGCGGUGAUAUCCCCUUCGAGCACGACGAAGAGAUAAUAAGGGCUCAAGUCUAUUUUCGGCAAAGGGUUUCUCCAGAAUGCCAACAUCUCAUAAAGUGGUGUUUAGCUUUGAGGCCUUCAGACCGGCCAUCUUUUGAAGACCUUCUGAACCAUUCUUGGAUGCAAGAUGUCCUUCUGCCUCAGGAAACAGCUGAGAUCCAUUUGCACAGUCUGAUUCAAGAAUCCAGCAAAUAGCAAUGGAUCUCCACAAUUGGAUGCAAAGCAGAAUUCUGUCCUACUGAGCCUGGCUGAGUGGGGAUUUUUACAAGAACACAAACUCAUCUCAUUCCAGAUACAGGCCACCUCAGAGACUUUUCCAAGCCUGAAGAAACCCCUCUCCUGCUAGAGUGGACUAGAAGUCUUUGGGGCUUGUCUUGCAAGCUUCCUUGCUACUUCCUUGCAAGCCCAUGGGUGUCCAUAACCUGCUGAAUCCUACAAUAUGAAAUGAGUGGAGCAGAGGAUUAAGCCACUGUUUCACUUGGGAGAAUCUGGGUACAGGAGCAGGGUGGGAAAGUAUUGAUUUGGAGUGGCUGCCCUUCUUCACUGUGUCAUCUGAUCUGAGUGCCUUCAGUUGCAAAUUCAGCUGUGCUGGGGGAAAAUACUUGAAUAUUCCUUCAUUGCUGCUGUCUCAAGAUUCUCCUGGGUUAUUCCACCUUUCAAAAGAAUGGCUUCAGAAGAGGCUGGAGUGAUAGACUUGAACUGUUUGGAGUCCAAUAUGAAAUCUUUUUGAGUUUGCUCUUGCAGCCUAUUGAAAGCAAAGGUGUCUUCAAGUGCACAAACAAUGCAAACAAACUAACUGUAAAUUUGUAUAGAACGAUACAAGAACAAAGCUUGGUGUACAGAAGAUUGUAGUUUAUAAUGUUUUUACUUCUGUUGUUUUUUUUAAUUUAUUUCUAGGCUUUUAAGAAAAGAAUGUCCUAACUUGUAGGAUCUUAUUUAUUUUAUUUAUGAAUCACCUCACUGCUACAGCUGCUGACCUGGUUUCCUGUUUCACUGCCCCUUCCCCCUUGCUUCCAAUUCCUUCCUCAUUGGGUUGUCUUUUCUCUGUUCUGUUUGAUGUCUUGUCACUGUAUGGAGCAACUGAUCACCUCUCGGCUAUCUACAUAUUUCCAGCUGUGGCUGUUCAGCCUCUCAAUGUUUGAGACAUGUUUCCACAGGUUUUAGAGUGUCUGUGUGUACAUAGCAUUUGUAUAUAGUGCUCUGACUGAAAUGGGGCAAGAUACUCUGGACUUCAACACUGUCAACCUUGUAUAAGUAAUUGGUGUGUAGUCUGCUGUUUUUUUUAAAAUAGCUAAUAUUGUACAGGGAAUUCAGAAAUGCUAUUUUUUUUUAUACAUGCCGUUUUAAAUAAAAUUGAAUCACUUGA